AUGAAGCAGUGGAUCAGCAACCAGAAUGGCCUGGACAAGCUCCAGCUUGUAGACUCGGCCGAGCCCGGCGACCUGAAGGACGGCGAAGUCCUCGUCAAGGUAAACCGUGUCUCACUUAAUUACCGAGACACAGAAGUGGUCAUGGGCCUUUACGGCCACCAUAAAACCAUUGAUGAGGGACAAAAUUCCAUCGUGCCUUGCUCCGACAUAUGCGGCACCGUCGUCAAGGUGGCUCCCGGAACCAGUAACAAGUGGCGAGAGGGCGAUCGCGUCAUGGCUACCUUUAACCAAGGUCAUGUCACGGGUCAAGUUGUGGAGGAACACAUGGGCACUGGCUUGGGUCUACCCCUACAAGGGUGCUUGACGGAAUACCGAAUCUUUCCUAGCUACGGCCUGGUCAAGGUGCCUGACUACCUCACAGCCGACGAAGCUGCGACACUGCCCAUCGCGUCGACCACCGCGUGGAUGAGCAUCAACAGCUUCCAGCCCAUAGGCCAGCCGCAAUCCGGAAGGGACAAGGUCGUGCUACUUCAGGGCACAGGAGGCGUAGCCAUCGCGGGACUGCAGAUUGCCCAUGCUCUUGGCAUGACGACGGGCGAAGAAACUCGGAGCAGACCACGUCAUCAACUACAAAACGCACCCCGACUGGGACAAAAGGUCAUGGAGAUCACGAAUGGCAAGGGCGCCAACGUGAUCUUUGAGUGCGGCGGUGUCGAGACGCUGAAGAAGUCCUUCUCAUGUGUCGCCUUUGGCGGUCUCAUCAGCUGCAUCGGGUACCUUUCCGGGAAGGAGGACAAGGACGGUGGGUCAAUGGGCAUCAACGUGCUGGCGCUUAGCCGCAACGUGACGCUCAAGGGCAUCCUGAACGGUCCUCGAGACAGGUUCGAGGAAGUAGCGCGGUUUUACGCCGAGAAGCAGAUUCACCCAGUCAUUGACCGCGAAUUCGAGUUUGGAGAGGCAAAGGAGGCGUUCAAGUAUGUAUUUAGUGGCAGCCACUUUGGCAAAGUCAUUAUCAAGGUGGCCUGA